AUGGCGAGGGGGGGUUGUGCCUCCUCCUCCUUGAAGACUCCACCAAACACAGCAACCACUUCACUCACUCACCCUCAACAGCCAAGAACAACAACAACAACAACAAUAAUGAACCCAUCAACAAACCAACAGAAACAAAGAACAACAACAACAACAGCAACAACAACAACAAAUGGAAUUAAUAAUAACACUAGAAAUCAACCAGCCGAUCGGAGAACACCCAUCAGAGCAAACUCAACCCCGCCAUCAGCAGCAACUCAUCAAAACAAGAGCUCACUAUUCUCAAACAUCAUCAAAACUAAUGGCAAUCCCACCGGGCAGAGCGGAGGGAGUGGACUCCUACUCAGGCUAUUCGAAUCCGAAUUCUUCAACGUCCAUCUAGCCAUCUCAUAUCUCAAAACCUAUCACGAUUCCAUCGGAAUCACCUACUACCUUAUCAGCAGACUCAACCAAUUCCCAGCUGAGGAUGUCGAAUUCUACUGGCCUCAACUAUGUCAUCUCCUCAUCAGCCGCCCAACCCAAAGCUUCGCUCUCGAAUCCUUCAUCAUCAAAAAAUCUCAACAAUCCACCCAUCUAGCAAUGAAAACACUCUGGUAUCUCCAAGCAUCCCUAUCCGAUCUCUCCUCAAACCCCAAUACUCCCAACUUCAUCGUCUGUCAUCGAGCAUUCAAUAAAAUCCAAUCCAUCAUCUUCUCCGAUCCCCUCCUCGAACUAUCAACUCAACGCCAACAACUCGAUCCAAGAGAUACCGCAAUCGGCCUCAACCUAACACUCAACCCUUCUACCCCCAAAUCUGGACGAACUCUCUCCGAAAGCCAUCAGCUCAACAACCCACGAUCAGCUGCUUAUUGGAAACAUCUCAAGAAACGAACGCUAUCCGAAUUCAAUAAGCUGUCAGGGGGUAAGAUCACUGAGAAUGUCUUGCCUACUACCGUCGGAAUGGGUCUAGCAUUGGCCGGAAUCGCUUCACCUCAGCUCUCUCUCCAAACUGGACAUGUGCCGAUCGAACAGAGCAGGAGUUAUGGCCAGUCACUCACCAUCACUUCACGACUCAAAGGCAAAAAUCAGGAUGAUAACAACUCAGCAAGUGAUGAUGAAGAGCUCGAUCAAAACAAGCCCAAGACUCUCAAGGCUCAACAGCGACCUACCUUCAAGACUCAACCCUCAACCCGAUCUCGUCACCAAAGUAUGAGGGUAGCCCCUAACCCUCGAAAUCUAAACUAUCCAAGCUCAUCUUCUUCAUCAUCAUCAAGGCCCGAGUUGACUCAUCAAUCAUCCCAAUCAAUCGAUCACUCUCUUGCUCUCCAGUUCUCCUCUGACGCUGAAUUCCGAGCAAAGUCCAAUCUUCAAGCUUAUAACUCCGACCUAGCCUCCUCCUCAUCCUCAGCUGGUGUUUUGUCACCACAGUGGGCCCCUAGAAUCAAUCUCAAUCAACUCGAAUCUCACCUUGGAACCUCUUCACCAUCGUCUUCUAUUCUUACGGCACCCAUCCCAUCUACCGAUCACCUCUCCCGAGCUGGCUCGCCCAAUGUCCGACCUGCUUAUCACUCAGAUGCCCAACUGUUUCGAUCCCCUGGGAACAACGAGAACAACUAUGCCUUACCCACUGUGCCUCAUUAUCCAGGACAAAUCGGCACUGCAUCGAUUGGAUCGACAUCUUCUCCUCGAGUUCAUACUUCUGCUGCCAUCUCUCAAUCUGCACCCUCUCUACCCGACGCUCUCUCAAAAUUUAAACGUGACAGUCGAUUCCAUCACCCUCGAACAUCGAACAUGCAUCGGAACGGGAAACACUCCCAUCAAGGUGGUGGUACCACCAGUAGUCCGAUUCGACAUCUCUUCAGUGCGCUCUCGAUGGAUCCCAGCGAAAUCCCGGAUGGCUUACUCAACCAGGUCCUAAAAUCCCAAUCGAUGAGAUCGCAAUUGGAUCUAAUCACGAGUCUUCAAGAUAUCGCCACCCGACUGGUCGUGGUCCCCAAGAAAGCCAGACUCUCAGCUCUACGUGCCGAGCUGACCGUACUGAAUCACAGCCUUCCCAAAGGUUGUUGCUUAGGAAUGUAUUGCAACGGGGAUUUCUUUGACGAUGGUAAAAAUAAGGGCGAGGAAAAGUCGGGCAGUAUGGAGUCCGAGGUGGGUGGCGGGGGUUCGAAGCGGAAGAAAUGUCAUCAGCGAAUCGUCAGGAUCUCGCCCAAUGAGUCCGUCGUCCUUAACUCAGCCGACCGGGCCCCAUUCUUGAUCCACGUCGAAGUGCUCGAAGAUCAUCUCGACUUCGACCCCAACCGUCGCUCGAAUUAUGAGGACUUGAGGAAAGCCAUCAAGGGCUCUGCCAUUUCCGUCAACGACACCGACUCUAAAACUUUGAAUUCAAACAUCUAUUCCGUCAUCAUCAAUGACUCUUCACCUAAUUUCUCUGAAUCCAACGUCAGCACAGUCGCCCCAGCUGAUCCCAGCAGAAGUCGUAGAGGUAGUGCCGAUCAACCUAUUGCCAACAAAAUCAAGUCCUAUGGGAUGGCUAAAACCGCAAGCUCCCUUCCACCUGUUGGAGAGUCGUUCAACCAUUUGGGCCUUUCCUCCAUUAGUUCUCCCACCGAUCAUACGUCUGGCAGUAGCGCUCAUUCUAGCGACCAUGGCCUCACCAACAACAAACAUCACCCAGAUCAUCUAUCUCAGGCUUUGGUAGAUCGACGGACAGUGCUUGAGCACAGCCAAGUUGGCUCGGCAUUUUCCUCUCCACGUCAUCACAGUAGACGAGCUUCGUCCUUCGACUUCCCCGAGAUUCUCUCGAACUUUCCUGAGGAAGAGAUGGAUUUGGUCGAGCAGCUCUAUGGGAAAGAUAAUAAGCCUGGCGGCUUAGACUCUCGGAAUGAUGAUGAUGAUGAUGAGAAUGACGAGGCAGACUCUUUCCUCUACAGUCAUUCUCAUUCUGAAUCCCUCAAUCUUCCUGCUGGAUUGCAGAACAAAGCUCUUGAUGAACAGGCAUGGAAGCGAGCUGAGCCAGUCGUCAUCCGGAAUCAAACCCUCACCCACUUGCAUCCGAACUCCCUCCAUCCCGAACUCGAAGACUCGAUGACUAAAUCGAAGUCGAAUCCGCUGCCGGCGACGACGACGACGACGACGACGACGACUAGUCAGUCGACGAACGCUGCAGAGGGUAAUAGUAAAUUGAUGGAUCCCAGCGCUCUGGCCACCUUACACCAAUCACCGUCGAGCCUCAAGUCGCCCAGUCCCACUCCUUCCCGCCCGCCGAUCACCUUGGAUGAGUAUGCGGAGCGGAUGCGGAUGGCAGCGAUCAUGCUUGCUCAACUGAGUGCCUCCCAACAGCCCCCUCAGUCCUUGUCGAUGACCCCGUCGAGUGCCGCGGGAAUGGUCGUUGGUGGAGCAAUCGGGCUCGGUGCGGGCUUUGUGGGUGUGACCGUAGGCGCUGGGCUAGGCGCCGUGGUCAGUCGUCGAUUGGUCGGGAAUGGCCAGACGGUCAUGACCUCUCCGAUCGGCCGGAAGGAUCUCAACAGCAGCGGAGCUGGGUCGGGGGCGAACGUCAGUGGCCAAGGCUCGGCUGGCGUGUCAGUCAAACUGGACAUGAAUUCCGCCGAGGGUAGGGUCGAUCAUCGAGCUGACCUCCUUCCCUCUCGGACCGGAAGCUCAGGCCCCAAUGCGGUACCCAGGCAGAAGUUCUUGAGCCCGCAACAGAGCCAGGCUAUCAAGGAUAAGAUCAUGUCUGAGAUGAUGCUCUUGGAAGAAGAACGGAUGCAACGGAUGAAGCUGGACAUCAUUGCGGGCAACCCCAAGGAUUCUGAGCUCUCAGGAGAGGAGAAGAGCUCGAGCAGUGGUAGUAGGGGGAGCCAGAAGAAUUCGAAUGUGGCGGACGAAUCGGUGGUGAUGAAGGCAGUGAACGAGGAAGAUCCGUCGGGGAAGAUGCUAUCGGAGUCGUGGGCCUCGAAGCGGGCACGGAUCCGACAGUCGUCGCCCUACGGCCACCUUUCCAAUUGGAACCUCUUCUCGGUGAUCGUCAAGACCGGCACGGACCUCCGUCAGGAACAGAUCAUCGUCCAGCUCAUCAACGAGUUUGGCAGGAUCUGGAGCGAGGAAGCCUGCGACGUUUGGGUCCGCUACUAUCGCAUCCUCGUCACCGGCGAAAGCACCGGCCUCAUGGAAACUAUCGUCGACGCUGUCUCCAUCCAUUCGCUCAAGAAAUCCGCAUACUCUAAAAUCGCCCUUCAUCGUGCUAAUAACCCUCCCAACCAUACCGUCCCAGGCACCGCCAGUAGUACUACUGCUGCUGCUGCUGGAGGGUCAUCCACUGCUUCAUCGGCUCCUGCCGCUACGGGCGGAUUGCCAAAUUAUUCGAUCUUUGACCAUUAUGUUGAUACGUAUGGGCCACCGACGGGAGAGAAGUACAAACAAGCGCAAAAGAACUUUAUGAAGUCCUUAGUGUCCUACUCGAUCAUCUCCUACAUCCUGCAACUGAAAGACCGACACAACGGGAACAUCCUGAUCGACAAGGAGGGACAUAUCAUCCACAUCGACUUUGGCUUUGUCCUCAACAACUCGCCCGGCUCGAUCGGCUUCGAGAUGGCCCCCUUCAAACUCUCGCAGGAUUACAUCGAGGUCCUCAAUCCGCCCUCCCAUUUCACCUCCGCUAAAGACGGCAAACGCCAUCCUUCUUGGGAGCUCAACUCCGCCUCCUCGGCUAAUGCCUCUCGAUCCGAUCAGCUCAAUCCCAACGAUCUUGAUUCCUUUCAUGAAUUCGUAGAGCUCUUUAAGGUCUCCUUUAAAAAGAUUCGUAAACAUGCCGAACGGAUCAUCACGAUCGUCGAAUUAAUGCAAGUCGAAUCUAAAUUACCAUGUUUCGGCGGGAAUGGGGACUUGGUGAUCAAGAACCUACGCGACCGGUUCCAAUUGAACUUGACCUCCGAAACCAAGCUGGACGAGUUUAUCGAAAACAAGCUGAUCCUUGCGUCCAUCAACUCCGUGUUCACUAGACUUUAUGACUCGUUUCAAUACUUCAGUCAGGGGGUCUUGUAAUUCCUUCUUCUUCUUCCCCUUCCCUUUCUGUGCUUUCUCUCUUAUCCUGGUUGUCUUUGUUUAUCAUUAUCUUUAUUUUUUGUGGGUAGAUUUUUUUUUUCCGUUUGGUUUCCUUGGUUUGAAUUCAUACUUCCAUAUAUAUACUUAUCCAAAAACACAUCUUUUUCUUUCUCUCUCUGUGUCUGGUUCACCGGUCAAUCACCAUCAUCAUCGUUAUCGUUAUCUUCAUCUCUUUGUCUCUCUUUCACGGGCAGAUCCAUUCCACCUUAUAAUCCAAUGAUUUCUCAAAUAUUUUACGUAUGUGCAUAUACAUAAGUCAUGUAAGUUUAUAACUUCUCUCUCUCUAGUCUCCUCUUUUUUUUUGAAAAAACCAAAAAUGAAGUCCAAGCAUUCUCCAGUUAAGGAACACCCCCAACCCCUCC